AUGUCUAUGACCAGGAUAUUGCCGUUAAGAUCGUUGGGAUCGAAAAGAUGCUCAUCUUUCUAUGCGUAAGUUGCAUGUAUAAUAUAAUAGCUGUGUAUUAGUGGCCUUACGUCGGCGGAUUUUAUGAAAAAGCCAACCAACGAACCAGUUCUUACCUAUAAGAAAGGAUCUGAAGAAACGAACGCAUUGGAAAAGGCAUUGAAAGAAUAUGAGGGCAAAUCCGUGGAGGUACCUCUUAGGAUUGGUAAAGAGAAGAUCACUAGAGGAUUGGAACAAAAACAGGUCAUGGUACGUUCUAACAGAAACUACGUUUUAAGAAUGAAUUUUAAAAGGAAAACAUUUUAAAUACAAAUGCUAAACUUAAAAAUGCUCUUACAGCCUACCGAUCAUCAAAAAGUUGUGGCAAAGUUCACACAUGCUACAGAAGCUGACAUCAAAAACGCGAUUGAAGUAGGCAUGGCCGCUCGGUCAGCCUGGGAGAACAAGCCUUUGAAAGAAAGAGCUGACAUCUUCCUUCAUGCUGCUGAUCUUUGUGCCAGCAAGUAUAGAAUGGCCCUGAAUGCUUCCACGAUGCUUGGCCAGUCUAAGAACAUUGUGCAAGCCGAGAUCGACGCUGCUUGUGAAUUAGUCGACUUCUUCCGAUUUAAUGCCUUAUUCGCUUUGGAGAUUGCAAAAUAUAAACCUAUUGACACUCCCGGGUCAGUGAACAAUUUGAUCUACAGAGGUUUGGAAGGAUUCGUGGCUGCUGUAGCUCCGUUUAACUUCACUGCCAUUGGAGGAAACUUGGCUGGAGCACCAGCUAUGAUGGUAUGUGUAAUACGUUACGAGAAUCGUACUUUUUAGGGAAAUGUGGUAAUGUGGAAACCAUCUGAUACGGCUGUUCUAUCGAACUACAUUAUCUACGAGAUUUUGGAAGAAGCUGGUAAGAAUCUUUAAAGAUGAAAUUAUGUUUUUAUACCUAAAUUAAUUUUAAAAUUAAUAUACACUUCAAAAUAUAACGAGAAAAACAAACUUUUUAUAGAAAAUCGCGUAGUUUUUGUUAAGAAAAAAGUUUACUGAUUGCAAAAGAAAAAGCGCAGAAAAUGACAAGUUUGGUUUAAUAAAGUAAAUAAUUUGUUUCAGGAGUUCCCCCAGGUGUCAUUUCCUUCCUGCCUUCCGAUGGUCCGGUCUUUGGAAACGCCGUGACAGACUCACCUCAUCUAGCUGCAAUCAACUUUACGGGUUCCGUGCCAACUUUCAAGUACUUGUGGAAGAGAACCGGACAGAAUUUGGACUUGUACACCACCUUCCCCCGACUGAUCGGAGGUGUGUUCUCUCUUUCUCUUAUCUUUUGCUUUUAGAAUGUGGUGGAAAGAACUUUCACUUUAUUCAUCCGUCGGCUGAUGUUGAAAGUGUUGCUACUGGUACUAUCAGAUCUGCGUUUGAGUACCAAGGCCAGAAAUGUAGUGCCUGCUCGAGGGUGUUUGUACCCGAAAGUUUGUGGAGCAAGAUCUCGAGCCGAAUGACUGAGAUUGCAAAGGAAAUUAAAGUCGGGGAUGUAAGUGGUUUAUAUUCAAUUAAAAACUAAGAAUUUUUGUUUUUUCUAUUUUUUUAAAUAAAAAUGGUUGGUGGAAUAUGGAAUUUGUAAACAUAUUUUUUUAAAUAUUACUUUCAGAUUCGUGAUGGCUCGACCUUUGUCGGUGCUGUAAUUGACAAGAAAUCUUUCGACAGAAACAAGAGUUAUAUUGAUUAUGCCAAAACAGGUGCUGAUGGAGCUAAGAUCGUCUUUGGUGGAACAUACGACGAGUCUAAAGGUUACUUUGUCCAACCAACGUUAAUUCACGUGUCUGAUAUCAACUCUAAAUUGUUGAAGGAGGUAAGUCAACAGUUUGAAUAUGUGAUCUUUGAUUUUAGGAUUAGUUUUGUAUCAUUACUUGUUUCUACAACUUACUAAAUUGUUUUAAAAUGUUGUUUUAAGGAGAUCUUUGGCCCCAUUCUGACAGCUUACGUGUAUCCUGACUUGGAAGCCGAUGAUCUUGUCACAAAGAUCAAGGAUAUGACUCCUUAUGGUCUUACUGGAGCCGUUUUCUCUCAAGACAAGACUUUCCUCAACAAGGCCAAGAAUGUCCUGAAAGACGCUGUGGGAAAUCUGUAUUUGAAUGACAAAUCUACCGGAUCUGUGGUUGGACAACAACCGUUUGGUGGAGCUAGACUUUCAGGUAUGAUUAGCUAAUAUGAACAAUAUAUUUUGUGUUUAGGUACCAACGACAAGGCUGGAGGACCUCAUUACCCACUCAAAUGGGCUUCUCCUCAAACCAUCAAGGAGACCUCAGUGCCUUUGAACGAAUGGCGUUAUCCAUCCAUGGAUUAA